AGCUCAUCAUCCAUCCAUCUCCCUGCAGCUACGUACUGUACUUGUUAGCAAUCAAUCCCAUCAAAUCAUCCACCGCUCGCUGCUGCUGCUACGUACUAUACAGCUUGAUUAAUUAGGUUUUACGACGACGGCAACGGGGACAGAUAUGACGGCCGCCCUGCAAGCGCUGCUCGACCCGACGGCGCUGUCCUUGGGCCUGCCCACGCCGGCGAUCAACAAGGAGGAGUACCUCGCCAUCUGCCUCGCCGCGCUCGCCUGCACGCGGGCGGGGAAGGCCCUGGUGGGAGUGGGAGGCCAGCAGCAGGUGCAGGCCUGCAAUAAGUGGCUGUGCCCAGCGCCCGCGGCGCCUGAGGAGCUCCGCUUCCGGUGCACCGUCUGCGGGAAGGCCUUCGCCUCGUACCAGGCGCUCGGCGGACACAAGUCCAGCCACCGGAAGCCGCCUUCCCCGGGAGACCACUACGGCGCCGCCGCCGCGGCGCAGCAGCUGGCAUCCGCUGGUGACUCGAAGGAGGACUCGGCGUCGUCAGCGGCCGGGAGCACUGGCCCGCACCGGUGCACCAUCUGCAGGAGGAGCUUCGCGACGGGGCAGGCGCUCGGCGGCCACAAGCGCUGCCACUACUGGGACGGCACGUCGGUGUCCGUCUCCGUCUCGGCGUCCGCGUCGGCCGCCUCGUCGGCCGUCAGGAACUUCGACCUCAACCUGAUGCCGCUGCCGGAGAGCACAGCCGCCGCCGGGAUCAAGAGGUGGGCGGAGGAGGAGGAGGUGCAGAGUCCACUGCCGGUCAAGAAGCUCAGGAUGUCCAACUAAUUCAUCAUACGCCAUCUUGUAAAAACAAGAGAUCUGCCCAUUGAUCGACUCUAUUGAACAGAGUCUAUUCUUUGAUUUUUUUUUUCUUUUCAACUCACUAAUUGUUUGGUUUCUGUCAUCGAGUAUGCAACAAGCUAAGCUGGUGACCAUGGAUCUUCCAAGAUUGAUUGUCGCCAAGGGACAUAUAUGGUUCUAGGAGUGUUGAUUCAUUUGAUUCUUUGUAUAUUUGUUCAAUCUAAAAAUUAAUGUACUCAAUCUGCUCAAUAUAUAUAGACGCUAUAUUAUUACGACUCCA